AUGUGCACAGCUUCGAGCAGUUCUGCUAGCAACUCGCCUCCUCCGGCCAGGGCAUCUCCUGCUCCCCAAGCACCCGUUGCUGUCCCUUCUGCAAAUGAGGCCAGAAACAUUGUGCGGAGGAAGCUGACCGGAUAUGUUGGCUUCGCCAAUCUUCCGAACCAAUGGCACCGCAAGAGUGUCCGCAAGGGGUUCAACUUCAACGUUAUGGUUGUCGGUGAAUCUGGGCUUGGAAAGUCUACGCUCGUCAACACUCUCUUCAACACUUCCCUCUACCCUCCCAAGGAGCGCAAGGAGCCUAGCCUCGACAUCAUUCCCAAAACCGUGACUAUCCAAUCUAUCAGCGCAGAUAUCGAGGAGGCCGGUGUUCGGCUCCGCCUGACCGUUGUCGACACCCCGGGCUUCGGCGAUUUCGUCAACAACGACGAAUCCUGGCGCCCAAUUGUGGACAAUAUUGAACAGCGCUUCGAUGCCUACUUGGAUGCCGAGAACAAGGUCAAUCGCAUGAACAUCGUGGACAACCGGAUCCAUGCCUGCGUCUUCUUCAUCCAGCCGACUGGCCACUCCCUGAAGCCCUUGGAUAUCGAGGUCAUGAAACGACUCCACACCAAGGUCAACCUCAUCCCCGUCAUUGCGAAGUCGGACACCUUGACCGAUGAGGAGAUUGCCGCUUUCAAGCACAGAAUCUUGCAAGACAUCAAGUUCCACAAGGUCCAGAUUUUCGAGGGUCCCCGAUACGAGCUCGACGACGAGGAGACCAUUGCGGAGAACAACGAGAUCCUUUCCAAGGUCCCAUUCGCCGUUGUUGGUGCUACUAACGAGAUCACCGCAGCCGACGGCCGCAAGGUCCGUGGUCGUCGCUACCCAUGGGGCGUCAUUGAGGUGGACAACGAGGAACACUGCGACUUCGUCAAGCUCCGACAAAUGCUCAUCCGCACCCACAUGGAGGAGCUCAAGGAACAUACCAACAACAACCUCUACGAGAACUACCGGACCGACAAGCUCAUCGCCAUGGGCGUCUCGCAAGACCCGAGCGUCUUCAAGGAGGUGAACCCCGCAGUCAAGCAAGAGGAAGAGCGUGCCCUGCACGAGCAGAAGCUUGCCAAGAUGGAGGCUGAGAUGAAGAUGGUCUUCCAGCAGAAGGUUGCCGAGAAGGAAUCCAAACUGAAGCAGAGCGAAGAGGAGCUGUAUGCCCGCCAUCGCGAGAUGAAGGAGCAGCUGGAUCGCCAGCGAAACGAGCUCGAGGAGAAGAAGGCCAGAAUCGAGAGCGGACGGCCACUCGAGAAAGAGCCGAAGAGGAAGGGCUUCUCGCUCCGAUAA